AUGUCGCUUACACCACGUACCGGACAACUUGUAAAGAAUCAAAAACCAGAACAGACGAACAAUGCUUUAGUCAUUGAUUCUGGAGCUAGCGGAGGCGUCGUCCAAAUAGUUAAGCGCACAUCGGGACUUCAAGCACCUAUAAUGCUUCUUAAUGGACAUCAGGGAGAAAUAUUCACCAUUAGAUUCAACCCUUCAGGACAACACAUUGCUUCGGGAUCAUUUGAUAGAAACAUUUUAUUAUGGAAUACUUAUGGCGAUUGUCAGAAUUAUGGAUUAUUGAAGGGUCAUAAUGGGGCUAUCAUGGAAUUACAAUGGUCAAGGGAUUCUAGUAAAAUUUUUUCGUGUGCCACAGACAAAACUAUUGGUGUAUGGGAUGUAGUUACGGGUACGAGAAUAAAGAAAUUCAAAGGACACACAUCAUUUGUCAAUAGCGUGUGUGCAGCACGUAGAGGAAAUGAAAUUCUGGUUAGUGGAAGUGAUGACGGAACAAUUAAGAUAUGGGAUUUACGUCAGAAAGAAGCAGUGGAAACAUUUAAUCAUCAAUAUCAAAUUACUUCAGUAUGUUUUAGUGAAGCUGGAGAUAUGGUUUUUGCAAGUAGCUUAGACAAUGAUAUCUCGGUUUGGGAUUUAAGAAAGAAAGUUAUUUCAUACGUUCUUAAAGGACAUCAAGAUACAAUUUCAGGUAUGAAAUUGAGUCCAGAUGGAUCAUAUUUGCUGUCUAAUGGCAUGGAUGACACAGGUGCUCCACAUGGAUUUGAAAAAAACCUUAUUAAGCCUGCAUGGUCUUCUGAUGGAUCUCAAAUAGCGGCGGGAAGUAGUGAUCGAACGGUAGUCAUUUGGGAUGUUUCAUCUCGCAGAAUUCUCUAUAAAUUGCCUGGACAUAAAGGAUCUGUCAAUGAAGUUGAUUUUCAUCCAAAGGAACCUAUUAUGCUCAUCCCUCUGGUAUUAUUGGAGAAUCCUCGAGGUAUUCCAAAUAAUUUGAUGUCUUAUGUUAAUCAAGUUGUUCAAGGUCGAUUACCCUUUGUUAAUAUCUAUGGAAAUGAUACUGCUGAUGGAACAGCUGCACUUCGAAAACUAAAAACGAAACCAGGAUGUGUGGCUUAUAAUCUUGUUACAGGAGUUGGAUAUUCAGUGCUUCAAAUCAUAAAAGCAAUGUCACGAGCAUAUGAUAUGUGUGACGGUAUUUUAUUACAGGCAAGUAAUACUAGUAAUACUUCGCAACCAACCAUCUGUCGAAUCACUAUGAUCGAAACACGCGAAGAUUACGUUUACCUCGCUAAGCUCGCUGAACAGGCCGAGCGUUAUGAAGGUGAGGGUUGGUGA